GGAGCCCAUUUCCCUAUCAGAAAGUAGAAACUGCCUUUUCUCGGCCGCUGCCUUUUCGUAUUCUCUUUCCCUCCUUCAUCCUCCCGAUCUAACCACUCCCCGAUCACUUCUCGCCGUUCGCGUCUCGUCGCGUCUGAUCGGCGAAGGAGAUCGUGAGACGGAUACGCCAUGGGAGCUUGGACUCCUCCACCUCAUCGCGUCGACGUCCAUCGAGCUCUCGGCGGUGGCUCAGUUGCUGAUUUGCUUCUGUGGAGAAGAUGGGUUGCCGGGGUUGCGUUCCUACUCUCUUCGACGGUGAUGUGGUUCCUGUUCGAGAGAGGCGGUUACAAUCUGUUGUCCUUUGCCGCGAACACUCUGUUCCUUCUCGUUCUUAUACUCUUCCUUUGGGCCAAAUCUGCUGCCCUCUUUAAUCGACCAAUGCCUCCUCUCCCUGACCUAGAGAUUUCUGAGGAUUCUGUGGCCAAAGCUGCGGACGUUGUGGCAGAAUGGAUCAACCAUGGUUUAUCCAUUGCACGUGAGAUAACAGUCAAUCAAAACUUGAAACUCUUCCUUCAGGUUGCCUGUGGCUUGUGGGCGAUUUCAUACAUCGGCACUCUCAACUUUCUUACACUUGUUUAUAUUGGGAUCGUUCUUGCCUUAACUGUUCCUUUUGCGUACGACAAGUAUCAGGACCACAUCAAUGAUAAACUCUGCGUAACACACGGAAUUCUACAAAAGCAAUGUAAAAGAUUUGAACGCCUCUUGAAGAAGAUUCCAUUGCCUCCUAACAAACAAAAGAAGAUCGAAUAGAUUCCUGCUUGAUGAUUUUCCUAAACAGCACCUGCAUUGGUUUGACUGCGCUCAAGGAGCUUGAAAGAUGUGAUUAGAGACGUGGAAAUGGUUUCUUGGCAUGUGACAUCAUCUUUUGGGUUCGCUGGUUUCUUGAUGGGUUUGAGGUUGACCAUAUACUGGCAAUACGAUGCCAGACGUCAGGCCCGUUGGCCUCUGCGUUUUGGCGAGCAUUGUGUUUGAAAUAUCAAAAGUCCUCUGUAAAUUUGGUGUGAGAUGUAUUUUCAGUCGUGGCGUUCAGAAUGUACUUUUUCUUUUCCGUUACAAGAGAGAUUGCAACUGCUUACACA